GCCGCCGGCGACGAGGGCUGGGAGCAAGACGCCUUGUCGCCCAUCAUCCCCAUCAUCACCGCCGUCUACUCGCUCGUCUUCGUGGUGGGCUUGCUGGGCAAUUGCCUGGUCAUGUAUGUCAUCAUCAGGUACACCAAGAUGAAAACAGCCACCAACAUCUACAUCUUCAACCUGGCCCUGGCCGACGCCCUGGUGACCACCACCAUGCCCUUCCAGAGCACCGACUACCUACUCAACACGUGGCCCUUCGGUCAGGUGGUGUGCAAGGUCUUCAUAGCCAUCGACUACUACAACAUGUUCACCAGCAUCUUCACGCUCACCAUGAUGAGCGUGGACCGCUACGUGGCCGUGUGCCAUCCGGUCAAGGCGCUGGACUUCCGUACCCCCGUCAAGGCCAAGGCGAUCAACGUUUGCAUCUGGAUCCUGUCCUCGGCCGCCGGCAUUCCCGCCUUCGUCCUGGGCGACACGCAGACAAACCUCGGCAUCACGGAGUGCGCCUUACAGUUCCCCGAGCCGUACGUCUACUGGGACACUCUCAUGAAGAUGUGCGUGUUCGUGUUCGCCUUUGUGGUUCCGGUUCUGAUUAUCACCGUGUGCUACUCCCUGAUGCUCCUGCGGCUCAAGACGGUCCGCAUGCUCUCUGGCUCCCGGGUGAAGGAUCGAAACCUGCGCCGCAUCACUCGGCUGGUGGUGGUGGUGGUGGCCGUCUUCGUGGUGUGCUGGACCCCCAUCCACAUCUUCAUUCUGAUCAAGGCGUUGGCCAGCGUGCCCGAGACCACUGCCAUCAUGGCCGCCUAUUUCUUUUGCGUGGCUCUGGGCUACACCAACAGUAGCCUUAACCCCAUCCUCUACGCCUUCCUGGAUGAGAACUUCAAGCGUUGCUUCAAGGACUUCUGCACCUCAGCAAGGCUCAGGCGCGAGAAGGCGUCCAGGAGUAGGAAGGCGGCGCCGGAGGCGGUGCGGGAGGCUGCCCUACCCCUGAGGAACCCGGAUGAAAAUAGUAAGCCCUCAUGACUAGCGGUGGAACUGUCCUCCAUUUCUCACGCUGAAAAAGAAGACUCCCGAGACUUGGGUCUCACCCACA